UUUAUAUAAUAGAAGUAGAUGUAUAGUGUAAGAUUGGAUACAGGGUUGGGUGCGUGGUUUGAUAUUAUGACGGGAGUUAGACAAGGAUGUUUAUCACCAAUCCUCCUUGUAUUAGCAAAAAUUGGACUGAAAGUAAAGGCAGAGAAAACAAAGAUUAGGAAGGUAGGAAAUGGAACAACAGAUGCAAAGGUGUGUGUGGAUGGAAAAGAAUUGGAAGAGGGUGGAAAAGUUCUGCUAUCUGGGGAGCGUGAUGACAUUUGAAGAUGGCUGCAAUAAAGCGAUUCAUACAAGAUUAGGAAAAGCAAACAGCACUUUUGGAAGGGUGAACACCAUCUGCUCAAAGAGAGGUCUCCCCACUAAACUGAAGGUCAGACUAUACCCUGCGAUUGUACUGAGCUUGCUGCUGUACAGAGCAGAGAUUUGGCUGAUGGUGGUGACUGACAGGAUGAGACUGGAAGCUGCCCAUUACAGAUGGCUGAGGAAGAUAUUAUGCUUUUCGUGCAAAGACAAAAUAACAAAUGUGAGAAUAGGGGUGCUGACAGAACAGGACAUGCUAAAAAUUUUAGCAGAGAAAGAGAGCUCAGAUGGUUGGGACAUGUACUUUGCAUGGAAGAUGGGAGACUUGCUAAGCAGCAUUAAAUUGCAUACCUAAGGGAAGGAAGAGAAAGCGAGGAAGGCCAAGGAAGAGCUGGCAGAAGAGAGUGAGAGGAUAUUGAAUGAGCUGGCAUUAUCUAGGAAGAAGUACUACAACUAGUGAGUAACUGUGAUUGCUGGAGGAACUAGACUGCCUGAUAUGUCAGCGACACGAGGAACUCAAGUUUAAGUAGUAUCUACAAAGGACCUGUCUUGGAUGGUAGACUAUCUAAUCAACCCAGGCAGUACAUGCCAUACUACUACACUUCCUGCCCUUGUGCGCACACCGACUCUGAUGAUGCAGCCGUCACUGGACAUCAAGCCCUUUAUGUCCUUUCCUGUGGACAGUAGUUCUGCUGUUGGACUCUUCCCAAAUUUUAACACAAUGGAUCCUGUGCAAAAAGCAGUCAUAAACCACACAUUUGGAGUAUCCAUUCCCCCAAAGAAGAAACAAGUUAUUUCCUGUAACGUCUGUCAGCUUCGCUUUAACUCUGAUAGCCAGGCCGAGGCCCACUACAAAGGAAGUAAACAUGCCAAGAAGGUCAAAGCACUAGAGGCAACGAAAAAUAAACCAAAAGUUGGUUCUUCCAAGGACAGCGCAAAGGCUAACACAAGCUGCUCCACCACGCCAGUCACAGCCAACAUCUCUGACAAAUCAGAAGAUAAAGGGAAAGCGAAAACCAGUGGUUCUAGUCAGCCGUCAAAUACUGAAGUGGGCCUGUUCCUUCCCAAACCUGGAGCUAUAACAUUAGCAUCUAUAACAUCAACAUCAUCCUCUAACAGCACAAAUGGAGCAACUAGCACAGUUUCUGAAUCUGAAGAGGAAAAAGCCAAAAAACUACUUUACUGUUCACUAUGCAAAGUGGCUGUGAACUCCCUAUCACAGCUAGAAGCACACAACACAGGUUCCAAACACAAGACAAUGGUGGAAGCGCGGAAUGGUGCAGGUCCCAUUAAAUCUUACCCUAGACUUGGAUCCAGGCUGAAGAUUCAGAAUGGCAGUAAGGGCUCAGGACUGCAGAACAAGACAUUUCAUUGUGAAAUCUGUGAUGUCCAUGUCAAUUCAGAAAUUCAGCUUAAACAGCACAUUUCCAGCAGAAGGCACAAGGACAGAGUGGCAGGGAAGCCUAUGAAACCUAAAUAUAGCCCUUACAACAAACUUCAGCGCAGCCCAAGUAUUUUAGCAGCAAAACUUGCAUUCCAAAAAGAUAUGAUUAAGCCCUUAGCACCUGCUUUCCUUUCAUCUUCUCUUGCUGCAGCUGCAGCAGUGUCAUCUGCUCUGUCCCUCCCUCCCCGUCCUUCUGCCUCUUUGUUCCAGGCACCUGCAAUCCCACCAGCUCUCCUAAGGCCGGGCCACGGUCCCAUACGUGCGACUCCUGCAUCGAUCCUUUUUGCACCAUACUAAUUUCGUAGUGAUAAUAAGAUAACUAUGGCCAGUAGAAGGGGGAAAAAGGAAGCAAAGCAAGCAAGGAUUUGAUUUUAAAAUGUCUCUCUCUUUUCUAAUGCCAUGCAGUGUGACACCCCCCCAACAGUCCAAGUCACAGAAUUUUUCAUGGACAGGUACUGUAUUCUAGAAGCCUAGACAACGUCUCUCUCUCUCUUUUUAAAUUCAAAUAAUUUGUCUAAGAAUGGUUUACCAAAAGCUUAAUGGCUCAUGAAAAGCUAGCAUCAAGAUUCAUGCAUCUGUUUGUUGGUUGGGGUUUUUUUAAUAUGUAUAUGAUGCACCUUGGAAACAAGGAACACAGAAUAUUUCCUGACUCACUUGAAAACUAGGGUCUUCCUCACUCACACAUAUGUAAAUAGGUCCUGGAAUCCGACUGGGUAUAUUCUAGUGUGAAAAAAGGUAGAUUAACCAAGUGCUUAAUUGUGGAUAACAUCUUAAUAACCUAUUGCAUCCUUUUCUUUUCAGUGUGCUCUUGUUGACAGGAAUUGUGUACUGUUUUAGACCGCAGUACUGCUGUAUCUUGUGUAGUACUAGAGAUGUAGUGCCUGUCUGAGUUAGGCAUUUUUAGUUGCUGUGCAAAUGUUUGGAAGCAAUGCAGCUUUGAAGCGUUUUUUUAAUUCAUGUGUUUCUCUUGUUUCAUGUUUUAGUUAGAAAGAUUAAAAAUAGAAAGCCAUAUAACAUAUAGUUAAGAUUACUACUUGUUUACUGUUUUCAUUUUAACUUAUUUUGUAGUUUCCUCACUGGUGUUGCUAAGCAAUGUUAAACAUAAAAAAAAAGCAAGCUUUUCAAUUGCACAUUACCACAGCUCACUUGCAUUGUUCAAGAAGACAAUGGGCCAUGUAUUUAUACGUAAAUAUUCUUUUUCUUCAUUUCUAAACUUGUUUCCUUUGUAACAAUGCUGCAUAAUGUUGUGGCUCCCUAAUGCAAUAAUGUACAGAACAUACAAUAUUUAUAAUUGACUGACCGUCUUUUCUGUUUCCUGACUAUAGUUCUGCCCUCCCUCGUCUCUUGUCCCUACCCCCUUUUAUAAAGGUAAUAUCAAUAUGCAGUACUCAGACUGAAGUCUUUGUGCGAUAUUGAGGGCAACAAGUAUAAUAAAGGAAUAAAAUAGAGUUAACUCUUUUAGAACAUCUUUAUCUGCAAUCCGUAAAUAGUAAAAUGUCUGUGUAUUUUUUUAAAUGUAUCUUUUCAAUAAAAUAACA